UUAAGUAAGUUUGGCAAACGCAGAUAUGAAAUUAACAGUUUUGUUUAUCGUGUUGCAGCUGUUUUUCCUGCUGGCCAUUCGUGCGAAUGACCUUUCACAGGAUCAGCAGGAUAUGGCCGCCAGCAUGCAGGCGUUGCAAAGGCAUCUGGCGCAUCCUUGGAACACCCCAUGUAUUCGCAACUGCCUGGAGGAGAAAAACAUCCUUGGGGAUCGACCAAGUGAAUGCCAGCAGGUCGAGCAGCAAUUCGAAUGUACACUGCACUGCAUCUUUCAGGUCGAGCCAUUAAAUUUGAGUGCGAAUACGCACAGCAGAGAGAAGUUCAAGUUGUCCAGACGACCAGAAGUGCAAGCUUUCGAGACGAGCAUAAUAUAUGACCGAAAUGAGUGCGGAUGAGACAAAGUCGGCUGGAAUGCCA